AUGCCGCUAGCACCAAAAAGUUGCGGGCAGCCCAGGGCUCACGAACUGGUAGUGAAGCGCUGCCCCCAACGAUGGCGCCGCGCCGCAGCGCAAAAGCGGCCAGGAUUGGCAACCGGCGCCGAACGGCGGCGAAAAAAGCGGUUGGAAGAGGGUGCACUGAGGGACCUGCAAUCCGCUUGCUAUCUAGACGAUCUAACAGUAGAAGGUAGCAUUGAAAAAUCUCUCGAGGGACACGUUAUAAAAAUCGAUCUCGCGGAUUGCAACAUCUGCGCGCUCCCGAAUUCCAUCGGCCAGCUCAAAGCGUUGACGAAGCUCGAUUUGUUUCAUUGUGAGAACAUCACCAGACUGCCAGAGGGGAUCGGAGGGCUAACGGCAUUGGAGACGUUCACCUUAGACCACUGCUUCUUUUUAGCCGCGCUGCCGGCCGCGAUUGGCGAGCUCAAGUCUCUGACGGAGCUCAACUUAAACUUGUGCGAGAGCCUUGUCGCGUUGCCGGACUCCAUCGGCGGGCUCGCCGCGCUGACGAUACUCAACUUGGGCGGGUGCCAUAAACUGGUCGCCUUGCCAAAAGCGGUCGGCGACCUCAAGGCACUAACUGUGUUGUGUUUGGACGAAUGCUCGAGUCUUACACAGCUCCCAGACACGAUCGGCGGGCUCAUCGCGCUGAAGGAGCUCGACUCGUGCAACUGCCCGAUCGCCGCUCUGCCGGACGCGAUCGGCAGGCUCGGCGCGCUGACGGAACUCAACUUGCGCCGGUGCCCGAUCACCGCUCUGCCGGACACGAUCGGCGAGCUCGGUGCGCUGACGAAGCUCAACUUGGCAGGGUGCUCGAGUCUUGCUACGCUGCCGGCCGCGAUCGGCGAGCUCGGCGCGUUGACGGCGCUCUACUUGGGCGGAUGCUCGAGCCUCGCCGCGCUACCAAACGCAAUCGGCGAGCUCAAAGCGCUGACGACCCUCGAGUUGCGAGAGUGCUCAAGUCUUGCUGCGCUCCCGCCCACGAUCAAGGCGAUAGCUAAAUUGGAGGUCCAAGGCUGGGAACAGCCGCUCUCAGGCUACGCGCGCUUCUUGCAAUUGGCGCGACCCAGGAUCGAGGCCAUGUUUCACGACCUGCUUAUAACUAAAAUCAUCAAAGGAAGCGUCAGCGAGUUCUGGGAUGACCUCUCCGAGUCAAAGCGGGCCAAGCUCGACGAUCCCCACGAUGGGGAUGCUCAUGGAGAAAUUCUCGUCAGAAAUUUAAUGAAGGUGUUGAGGAGGCAGAAGCGGAGAAUAUGUGACAUCUGUUCUCGAGUCCGUCCGCUCGAGGAGGACCGCUUCCUCGUCUGCUGGUGCGGCUCGCGGCGGUAUUGCGGAGAAAAGUGCCAGAAGUUGGACUGGGACGUGAGCCACUCGCGGACGUGCGCCUCAGGCCAUACCUGGUCGGCCACGGAUCUGGAAUUUUUUCGGAGGCUCGAGCAACAGCGGAUCCAGGUGGAGAGGAAUCUUGAGUAUCCCCGGAGUGAUUUGGCGGCCCUUGAGAAGGGGAAGCAGAGACUCAUCGCGAAGAACCCCCCGCCCGCCGACCGCGAGCGAUAGCAAUUGUGUAAUGUACAACAG